UAAAAAGUCAACAGUCUGUUUCAUGCUCUAGAGUAAACGUUUCUCACUCACCACCUCAGGAGGUAUUCUAGAAAUUACAUCAGCACCGAGUUAGACGCUCGGUCAAACCUCGGGCUAUUCAACUUCAAUCCCCUUCUUUUCCAUUUCCCGUCAUCCGAUAUUCGUUUCUUCUUGACAAUAACACCUUGUAAGAAAGUAAACUAAAUGCCUGCCCCAACUCCUUCUUACUACCCCGCAGGCUGGGACCGUGAGCGGAUGCUCAACGUCACUGUUAAUGAGAUCAACGACCUAACCGAAGAACAGAGGGGAGUAUUUCGCGAAGGUCUGCGGGCCGACCUGGGGCAGCAGGGGUUCGAUGAAUUCUUCGAUGAGAUGUUUAGGCGGGAGCAAGAGGCGUCAGGGAAUUCUACUAAGACUAUUAAGGAGCCUCCUUUCAUGGAAGUUAUGCGCCUGGGCGAAGACCGCGGUGUCCGCCGGGAUCAGUGGGGAUUCGUCGUUUUUAAAAGUCCAGAGAUCGUUGAUGCGGAACAAUGGAUGGCCUGCAAGAAACGGGUUUCAGAAAUUAUAGACCAUUCUAUUGAUCCCUAUCGCGGAUAUGCCGGACUUGACGAUUGUAUCCGAAAAAUGAAGUUUCAAUGGGUAGAAGACGUCGGAGAAGCGGAUGGGAGCAUGGGGUCUAUAUCACGAGCAUACUCGUCAUCUCCUAUACUGCCAGGUUUGAACCAUAGUUUAUGUCUGUAUAUUACGCCGGCUUCAAUGGAUUCAAUCUUAAACUCUCCCUCCCCUUCGUCCUGUAAGAGAAAAUAUAGAAAUAGAAUUCCUUUCGUGAUUGCUGUUUCUAGAGAUGUCAGUCAACAACACUACAAUACAAUCAACGGGGAUAUUGAGGGAGCCCCGUGGCGAGGAUUUUUCAAUGUAGCUGUCGAAACACUACUCGACUCCCUCUUCCCUAUUGUCGCGGAUGACUCAAUGUCCCCAUUUGAAAUUGGUGGGCGUGUCGCCGGCGAUGACGUCUGGUGCGAUUAUACGAGAUGGGGGGUGCACAAGGCCGGCAUAGGUUACUGGGAUUCAAGGACGGGCCAGGCAGACAGUGGACUGUAAACAGAAUAUAGGUGAUAAAACAUCGUAUGCUUGCAUAUAUUUCGAUUAAUACCAUGACGUUGACUAACCUCUUAAUAUUAGUGAGACGUAGCAACCUUCUAGUCCUUG